AAUGCCAAUUAGGAACACCUCAGUCUUCAGUUGGGUUCCAAGAGUCUUGCAUAUACAGAAGUCUACAUAGUGGUUUACGUCGUAGUUUUAUGAAUCAUCUGUUACAAUGGAGAAUUUAAGUCUAAUAGUCAAUUGUUCUGUGCCAUAUUACAAAGAGUUUUCUGAAGAUACAGAUUUAGUCAAUUCGUCUCAUAAUGUGACGUCCCCGAUAGAAAGUGCUUUUAUAUCAAAAGCAGCUGGAUUAGGUACUGUCAGUGGUAUAUUGAUUGCGUUUCUCAUUAACUUUGUAUUGAGUUUCGAAUAUGAAACUCUCAAAAGAAAAGCUAAAAUUAAAAUUGAAACCGAUAUCUUGUUACAAAAAUCUUUGAUUUUAUUAAUUUUAAUGUUAAGUUUGCCGUUAGUUUUAGCGUUUCUUAUUGGAGCAUCUUUGUAUAAAGUGUUAUGUUCUAUAAUUAUAAAGAGAAGAGACAAGCACUUCGCGGGAUUUCUCGAUAGUUUUGAUGUUUUUUGGAGUCUGGAAGAUGAUGCUACUAAAAGCAUUAUUAAUGUACUAGGAAUCAUUGAAUCUGAAUCAUCCCAAGAAUUAGUCGACCAAAUAAAGGAAAAGUUACAAAACAUCGUCCAAAACAAUGACACUGAAAAGUUAUUUUAUAGAAGAAGUGAAGAAUAUGGAUUUUAUUAUUGGAGAAAAUGUUGCUAUGUUGAUACUAGUCAGUAUGUUCGUGUAAUUGAUGUUUCAAAUGUUGACAGCCUUAGCGUAUCAGACUUAGACGAGAUUAUGACUGAAGUGUCUUAUCAACCACUACCCUUUAACGAUGAAGGACUAUUUCAGAUAUUAGUAACAAACCAAAGGUUAAAAAAUAAUGAUAAGCGAAAAAGUGAAUAUGGUAUAAUAUUUAGAAUCCAUCACGCUGUAGGUGAUGGAGUAGCUUUAAUAGAAUUUUUGUGUCAAGCGUUAGCAGAUGGAAAAGACGACGAAGUCAUAACUUUCUGUAUGCCAGAAACUUAUAACGUUAGCAGUAAAAAAACUUCAGCAGAUUUGUUUAAAAUAUUAACAAAACUUGUUGAAAUACCUGGAUGUUUAAUAGAUGGAAUAUUAAGAGAACCUGAUCGAAGUAGUUUACAUGGUCCUCCUUUAACUGGGAAAAAGUUUUAUAAAUGGAUUGAACCAGAUGACAAUUUAUUUAAAAUGGUAAAAAAUAUAAAAGAAAAUAUAGAGGAAGCGAACUUUUCAGAUAUUUUAGCGACUGCUUUAUCUUCUGCUUUUCAAGACUAUUUCGGAAAGGGAAUAGAUCCAGCUCCCAACAACAUAGCCGUGAUAUUGCCAAUAAGAUUUCCUGCAUUAAAAAACAAACAAGUAAAGUUAGAGAAUAAUUUCACCGUCAGUAUACUAGACUUGCCAGUAGGAGGAGACCUCAAGGAGAUAAGAAGGAGAUUUAAUGGACUACGUAAUAGUGCUGACCCUUUGACUAAUUACUACAUAUUAAAGCUAUGCAGCAUUCUCCCAAAAGAAAUACUUUUCCCAAUGUUCAAUAGCAGGCAGGCUACCAUGGUUUUCAGUAACUUACCUGGACCUAAAUCGUUGAGCAUUUGUGGUGGAGAUCUAAAAUCCUUGGUAUUCUUUGUGCCGAAUAAAGGGAAUACAGGUUUAGGAAUAACAGCUUUGUGCUAUGGCGGAGUGCUAAGAUUAGGAGCAAUGGCUGAUUCAGCACUAGUAUCAAGUCCAGAAGAACUAGCUAUAAUUUUAGAUGGAAUGGUUGAAGAAAUAAGAAGAUUACACGACAAAUAUGCGAGGUAGUCGUUAAAUAUAUUUAAAACAACAUAGUACGAUCUUGGCUUCUCAGUAAAAGAAAUGGAGAAGGCCAAACCAUAUAUACCUAGGGCACAAAAAUUAUUGAUUUGUCUUGCCAAAGUCUUGCUACGAGAAGAUUACAAGCUACCACAGAAAGUAGGUUAACCAAUACUAUAAAAUAAACUAUUAUAUUUUUACAAUUAAAUUAUUUAUUUUACUA